UUCUGACUGAUAACUAGUACAUAGAAGUGUUAGUUUGCUUGAAUGUAAUCUGGUGUUUUAAUUUGUUUCGAUAUACAUCAUCAAUGUCUUAACAUCUGACUUUUCUGACUGUUUUUAAUUUGUUUUUUGUUAUUUCAAUAUAAACUGCUUCUUAACUUUUAGAAAUUCAGUUUGUGGAUCAUUUGAUGUGCAGGGGCCAGUUUUCAUUCCUACAUUAGCUUUUCUGGAUUGCGUAGAUUCAGCCGCCAUAGAAGGGUUAUUGCUUUAAUUACUUCUCUUUGUACUUUUGGUAGGGUAAAUAUGCAUUGCUUAUUGUCACUCUUAAGCCUUAUCCUCUCACGAAAGAGGGAAAGGAGUAACUAACCAGGCUACUAGUCAUGGUUUUCUUUAGUUUAGUAACAAAUUUCAAAGCGUGUCCCUUUAUAGUAAUUAAUCACAAAAUGUAGAAUAAUAUUUGUGUGCUAUCCAUGGUUUUAUGUAUUUUUGAAGUUGAGAUGUCACCGGCUAUUAUAUAUAGAAGUAACAAUGAGUGGGCUUGCAUUGAAGCAACGGCAUAUGUAGUAAGGUUUUACAAUUGUAUUAGUUUAUUUGUAAUGAAAUUUGUUUUCAUUGUUGGGCUUUAUCAAGAAAUUUAUGUUCAUUGAAGAAUACGUGUUUGUUUGUGUCUAUAAAAAUUCAAAUUUGGAAGAUGUUCCCCUACCUUUUCUGAUAUGUGCUAUUGGUCUUACAAUGUGUUUUUGGCAACAUAGUAGUUUCUAAUUGUUUUAGCCAGUUGUCUUUCUUUCAUUCGACUACUCAUCUACCAAAUAAUAAAUUGACCACGACCAUUUUUUUUGAUGGGAUAUUGAGUGUUAAAAAUUAAAUUGGUGGCUUUGUAAAUUGAUUCACUUAUAUAUUGACGCUCUUAAUGGCCCCAGGCAUUAUGCUUGCAAUAGGAAAAGUGCCUUGAAACUAACAGUCUAAUAAUCAAUUCUAUCUAUAUGCUAUUGGUUUAUCAAUCUUUCCUUCUGAUGCAUUGCUUUUCCUCUACAGUUAGCUUCAUUGAAAAGAAUACUUAAUGAGGUUGCCUGAGACAAUAAAAAGCUUGAUGUUAUUAGAGUAGUUUGCGUGAUGUACUUCCAUCUAGUCUCUGGACAUAUUUACAUGUUCUUGGUUGCUCCCGAUCUCACAACAUUUGCCUCAAAGCUUCAUAAAGAGUGGUUGUUUAGAUCCAGAGUACUUCCUUUUUCUGCUUGAAAGUCACCCCUAGGCAUCUAUCACCACUUCUUAGAAUAUUGUCUCAAUUAUGGACCUUCAGAAGGAAAAAGAGAAGCUCUACUUUGUAAUGAAACUUUUAAUUCUGAGUCUGAGUAAUUAGUUUUUCAAUUGCAGAUUUUCAAGGUUUAGAAAGCUCUUUCUUCAUGAUACAUAGAACAAGAUGUUGAAGUUUUGUUGUAUUACCAUUGGUGUUUGGUAAAAUAAAAUGCUCAUCUAACUUUUGGGGCCUUGAAUUUUGAGUCUAUAGCACCAUACGCCAAAAAUGACUAAGCAGUUUUCAAUGUAUUAGGUAUAGCUAUUUCAAGAUAUUUUUUCUCUUAUUUCCCCAUUGAUACUAAGUACCUUAAAUCACUUCUAUGUUUGGGGAAUAUCUAUUUAUUUGUUUUCUAUCACUACUUCCUUAUAAGUGGGCUAUCUUCAUCAUAUGUAUUGGGAAGCCCAGCAUCCCACGUUGGUGAUGCUUUGGGUGUCAUGAGAUGUGUUUGUUGCUCAAGCACCAGUUAGCUAGUACUUUUGAGUGAUGAGUCAGUUGUGUAAUCUCUAAGCUUGCUACCAUGUUCGAUGAAUUUUGUUGUAUGAUAGUGCAUGGUUUGUUAACCUUUUUUCUAAUCUUGGUUACUAGAUUGUCCCUCCUGAACAGGAGAAAAAAUAACAUCAGUAGGGAGUUCAAUGCUUUAUUAAAAUUGAGGGGCUAUUAUUGCCAACCAAAUUGCUUAUACAUCUGUAUAACAAGGUGCCGAUUAUCUGUGUCUGAAGUCCUGUAGUCUCACUGCAUUUUUUCUUAAUAUUUUAUUGUAUGACACAAGAGCUUUCUGUUUAUAUCUUCAAUAUAGUGCUCAAAUGUUAUAUGUUGGCAUUAGUUUGCUUAUGUAUGCUUGACACCCUUUACAUAUUUAGUACAGGUGGGGCAAAAAAGGGUUCUUUUAGAAACGAGAUACUUUGUCAUAAAACCAAAAAUGAACCCAGACAACCAAGGGAAUAACUCAGAUGCUUCAGCUAGUGUACCAGCCAGGCGGAAGCGUGGUCGUCCACGCAAGUAUCCGAGACCAAACCUAAAUCAUGGAGAGAAUGAUCAUGUCCCCAGAGAUGGAGUAAAUGCUUGUGCACCACCCGGAGCUGAAGGAGCAAACAGAAAUCAGCCCCGUCAAGCGGAGCCAAUUGGUGAAGGAAAUGAUAUCAUGAUGGGUCAGCCAGUUCAUGGUGUUAUUGAGGCGGCAUUUGAUGCUGGAUAUUUACUCAGCGUCAGGGUUGGCCCCUCUGAAACCAUGUUACGGGGUGUUGUCUUCAAGCCUGGACAUUACGUUCCUGUUUCAGCAGAUAAUGAUGUAGCUCCACAUGUCCGAAUGAUCAGAAGAAAUCAUGUUCCAUUUCCAGCAGAAAAUUUUGCUCAGGUCCAAGGCUCUCGAUCCAGAGAUUCAAGAAAUGGAUUUGCUCACUAUUUGGUGAAUCACAACCGGCAAACCAGAUGGCUCGCAAAAGCCAGACAGGUGACUUCAGGACCUGUCGAAACCGCUAAGCCUGUGAUACCAAGAGGCAAUGUGGUGCCCGUCGUGCUCAAGCCUGUUAAUUUAUCAAAUGGGGGACCAGCCGUGAACCAGCCAUCUCAAGUUGGAAGUGAAGCUCAUCAUUUGACAACCUCUAAAGGCAAACAGGUAUCAGAUACAAACGGUUCAACACCCACGAACCAGGUCCUAACAGAAGAAAACCAAGUGCUUCCAUCUCAACCUGCAAGCUCUCAUCAGACCAUACCUGGAGGGAUGCAAACUGAAGCUGGUGUCUUUAAGCAGUUCCUAACAGAAGAGCUGCCCGAGUCAGAAGACAAACCAAGGAACUUGCCUGGCAUGCCUUUUGAAAAACUGCUUACUGAAGUCAUGAAGAGAAUUCAAUCCCCCUCACAGUCAGUAGAGACUCAGACUGAGGAUCAAGCUCUCUCUAUUGAGCCCCUGCAAGCUGUACAGAUGGACCACUCUGUAUCCAUGCCCAAACCUUUGGAAAACUACAGAACUGGCAAGAUGACCGAGCUUCUGCAGGCUGUACAGGAAAAUAUGAUAGAGACACAGGCAUCUGGAGCUGAGGCGGCUGAGGCUAGAAUUUCUCCAAAUCCUGAAACUGAGAGUGAAAAGGAAGGAAGUCUGUUUGAAAAUAAACCUCUCCAGGCUGCAAGUGUCUGAACUAAUAAGCUGGAAGAGAUGCGAUAUUCUGUGGUGGUUUGUGAUGAUAUAAUAGGCAAAGGGUGGGAAGAAUUAGUUGAUGUAUGUUAUGAUGUUAAAAUAGGUAAAGGUUUCUGAAGAUGUUUAGCAUAUUACAGAUUUAGGAGAAAAGUUAGGUUGGAUUUUACCUUUCAGUUUUAUAAAUUGGUCAAGAGUGAAGGAACAUCUUGUUGAAUAGAUAUGCUGACUUUAAUGUUCAGAUACCUCAGGGUUUAUAUAGGAUUCGGUUGAAUGGUGCAAUUCACCAGGGCAUUUAUCUUGCCUAUGGAAUUGUCUGUAACAAUUUAGUUUCUAUGGGUUUCUCUGGUUGGUUUA